AUGUGGUCACUCCGGCAAACGAAAUUGAUACGCCCACCCGCAGGAACUGAUCCCUCUGCACCUCGGCAAAGGGAUCCAUGGUAUGUAUACAAACUGGCUGCAUUUGUGUCCCUAGGUGCUCUGCUGUUUGGCUACGACCAAGGAGUCAUGGGUGUCAUUGUCGCCGAUCAACGGUUCAAGGAUUUGAUGCGUCCUAAGAAUUCAUCUGAUUGCAACUCAGGGGUGACUGGUGCUAUUGUUUCAAUGUACGAUGUAGGUUGCUUCAUUGGCGCCAUGUCCACCGGUAGUCUUUCGGAUCGGUAUGGCCGUGAGAGAAUGUUGGCUAUUGCGAGCGUCGUCUUCGUUAUUGGUGCAGUCCUACAAGCUGCCUCGUACACAGUUGUCCAAAUACCAGCCUUUCACCAUAUAUACCAUUUUCUGACAAACACAUGGAUCAUUGGCCGUAUAGUCUUGGGCUAUGGUGUUGGGGGAUGUGCGGCAGGGGUACCCCUGUAUCAAUCUGAGAUCGCUCCUCCAACCCUCCGAGGGAGAUUGAUUGGAAUAGAGCAAAUGGUUCUGUGCACUGGUGAGCUGUGUGCAUUCUGGAUGAACUAUGGGUUCAAUUACCUCUCGACUAAACACUGGUGGCGCAUUCCCUUGGCAAUUCAAAUUCUUCCGGCCAUUGUUCUGGGGAUAGGUUGCUGGUUCUGGGUCUUGCCAAGUCCACGGUGGCUUGUCACUCAGGACCGACACGACUGUGCUCGCGAGGUAUUGAUUAGAUUACACGGUCCAGAGGCUGCAGUGGUAGAACUCGAGCAGAUCCAGGAAACAAUGCGCCUAGAGAAGCACACCAAAGCAUCUUGGACAGGAAUGUUUAAAAUCCCUAUCCUGCGGCUAACCCUCCUUGGUUGUGGGAUUCAAGGCUUCCAGCAAGUCACGGGCACGAAUUCAAUCCUUUACUACACGCCGACACUCUUUGAAAAGGGUGGUAUUACCGAUCCUCGCACCGCAAACCUGGCGACAGGAGGCGUUGGGAUCGCACUGUUCGUCAGUGCAUGGAUACCCAUCUUCUUCUUUGACCGUCUGGGGCGCAAAGUAUGGCUCCAGAUUGGGACCGUAGGAAUGAUGCUAGCCAUGGUCGGAAUCGCAGUAUUGCAAUGGCAUGCGGGUGAGAGCCCCGGGUCAAAGGGUAACUAUGCGAUUGUGGUCUUUCCCUAUCUGUUCUAUAUCUUCUUCAACAUUAGCUGGGGUGUCGCGGCCUGGACCUAUCCGUCAGAAAUAUUCCCGCUGUCCAUGCGUGCAAAGGGCAACGCACUUGCAACUUCCGCUAAUUGGACCAUGUGCUAUAUCGUUGCCCAGGCUUCGCCACCAGUUGCAGAUGCAAUCGGGUGGGGCCUUUACGUUGUUUAUGCCGCUAUAUGUGUCAUCGCUUUCAUUUUCGUCCGCUUUGCGCUAGUUGAGACGAGGAAUCGGUCGCUAGAGGAUAUGAACCGGCUUUUCGGGCUGCAAGGCUAUUUCGCAGAAGGUGAAGCUGCCACUGCAGAGGAAAUUUUUGUAGCCAAAAAUGCUUCGGCGGAGCACAUUGAAGAGAGCACUAAUUUUGCAGGUCCGUCAUAG